AACGAGUUCCCCGCAGCUCCUCGACUGAGAUGGACAUUUCCUUCAUCAAAACCCGUUGGAAAAGUAGUUCUCUUGAUAGUCGCGCGUUUUAGGGAUACCGGUUGCUGGUUAUCUCAAAGUAGCGCAGCUUCUCAAGUGCGGGUGCCGAAAGCGGCCGAUUGAUUGCGACGGAUCUAGGUGUCUCGCGGCACCUGCACACCUCUCCUGCCUUCCUUUCCUCACCAUCCACUGGCGAUACUUGGGGAGGAGUUUGUCUUCUCUGUUCCCUAUGCCUAGAGAUUCUGGCACAUUACGGGGCACGUGGGUCUUCAAGUGCGAAAAUGCGGACACUGACUACAAGAUCUGCGAGUGUGGUGGUAGAUACUUGAAAACCGAAAGUCCACUAGGCGCACGCUCUUACAAGAACCACAUCAGAUCACAAAAGCAUAUGAACUACCUCCUGCAGCAAGGUGUGGAAUUUGUAGACCCAGAUACAUCUCUACGUUUACUGCAGAAGCCAAAUUAUGCGCCAAACCAGGCACCCCAUUCUUGUACGGUGGCUGGCUGCCGCGGUGAGGUCAAGGAAGAUUUCUGGGAAGUAACGGGACAAUCAGAGAAUACUCAGUAGACAUGUACAUUUGGAAACGGACCCAUUUUCAAUAGAUGUUAGAUGUGUUCUGUAAAGGCCAAUCUGUAAUCUCAAGAGAACUGCACAAAGGA